AUGUACGACCACCAGCAGAUCGAGAAAAAGUGGCAGAAAUACUGGGCUGAAAACGACGUUUUUGCCACGCCUGAACUCGCCAGCAAACGCCCUAAGUUUUACGUUUUAGACAUGUUUCCUUACCCCUCAGGACAGGGGCUCCACGUUGGUCACCUGGAGGGUUACACCGCUAGCGACAUCGUCGCCCGUUUCAAACGUCUGAAAGGUUUUGACGUUUUGCAUCCGAUUGGUUGGGAUGCCUUCGGACUGCCAGCCGAGCAGUUUGCCAUUCAAACCGGUCAGCUGCCCCAGAAGUUCACACCCCAAAACAUCGCUAACUUUCGGCGUCAACUGCAAAUGCUCGGUUUUUCCUACGAUUACGCCAAGGAAGUCAACACGACUGAUCCGGAUUUUUACGCUCAAACGCAAGCGAUUUUUAGCGCUCUCUACCAGCGCGGGAUGGCCGAAAUGCGCGACGUACAGGUCAAUUGGAGUCCCGACCUUGGCACCGUCUUGGCCAACGAGGAAGUCUUGCAAGACGAGCAAGGUCGGCCUGUUUCCGAGCGGGGUCAUUUUCCGGUCGUGAAAAAAGCGAUGCGCCAGUGGGUGCUUAAAAUCACCGCUUACGCCGACAGGCUUUACCAGGACCUUGACUUAGUUGACUGACCGAGUUCGCUUGUCAACUUACAGCGCGACUGGGUGUUUUCCCGCCAGCGCUACUGGGGUGAGCCGUUUCCGAUUUUGCACGGACCCGCUGGUCAAAUCAAGUUGGACCAAAACUUGCCGGUGGUUUUGCCGCUGCUUGAAGAAAUUAAGCCGGGACUAGACGGCCAGCCGCCGCUCGCCAACGCCGAUCCGACUUGGCUUUGGGUCGAGUUAGCCGGGCAAAAGUGGCGCCGGGAAACUAACACUAUGCCCCAGUGGGCGGGCUCUUCCUGGUACUACUUAGCUUACAUUUUAAAAAAGCGGACCGGCGGUUACUUAGCCCUUGGCACGCCCGCCGCUCAAAAAGUCCUUAAGCGCUGGUUGCCCGUCGACCUUUACAUCGGCGGUCAAGAGCACGCGGUUUUGCACCUUCUUUACGCCCGAUUUUGGCACAAAGUGCUCUACGAUCUUAAACUCGUGCCGACCAAAGAGCCGUUUGCCAAAGUCGUCAACCAGGGGAUGAUUUUAGGACCCGACCGGCAAAAAAUGUCCAAGUCGCGCGGCAACGUGAUUAGUCCCGACCAAAUCGUGUUCACUUACGGAGCCGACGCUCUCCGUCUUUACGAAAUGUUCAGCGGACCGCUCGAAGAAACUAAAACUUGGUCAACCCGUUCGCUGCGAGCAAUGCGUAAGUGGUUAGACCGGGUUUGAAACCUAGUUCAAAAAACCAGACUGGGCAAAUCGAAAGUUAGCAGCGAAUACCACCUGAUGCUUAAGCAAGUUAGUCAGUUAAUCGAUCAACUUAAGUUUAACGUGGCGAUUUCAAAGUUGAUGGUUUUUGUCAACGCCUUAGCCGACCAGCUCCAAGCUAGUCAAGCCGAGUUAGUCGGCUUGGCGGUGGUUUUGUCGCUUUUUGCACCCCACUUAGCCGAGGAAAUUUUAGUCCACUUGAAGGCUAAGCCGCUUGACCAGCAAACUUGACCGGUUUUUGACCAGCGUCAAAUUCGCCGUGAGCCGCUCGUGUUGGCCGUCCAAGUUAACGGCAAGUUGCGGGCCACCUUGGAGUUAGAAGAUUCUCAGGCGAAUGCCGAACUAGUGCGCAAGCAAGCGGCCGCCUUGCCGAGUGUCAGUCGUUAUUUAAAAGGUGCUAAAGUCGCCAAAGUCGUUUACGUAGCGGGCAAAAUUGUUAAUUUUGUGCUCAGGCCGGCUAGCAAGUCGGUUAAUUAG